AAACUCGACCCAAUAAUCAAAAGGUCGUUUGGAUAAGGUGCUACUCCCUACGCUCGCCUUCGUCUAUUGCGACGCCAGCGUCGACAGUGACGCACAGAAAACGCAGCGGCUGCGUACAAAUCCGAAACCGUUACAAAACCCGAAACGUUACAAACCCUAGGGGCCGCUAUAAAACCCACCCCGAUGGCAAUGGCGACUGGUGCCGCGCCCGCUGCUCUCAGUCUCUCCUCUGCUCUCUGCUUCGCGAGGUUGCGGGGCCCACGUGUUCUUUUCUCUCGUCGAUUUUGCUUUGGUGGAAGGGUUUUGAUGGCGAGGAGGUUCACUGCGCAGGCGACGCUCGGCCUCACGAAGCCCUCCGUUGUUGAAGCCCCUCAGAUCACAUUCUGUGCAAAGGACAUCGAUGUUACUGAAUGGAACGGAGACAUACUUGCAGUUGCUCUCACAGACAAAGAUUUGUCCAAGGACUCAGAUUCCAAGUUCGAGAAUUCAAUAUUGAGAAAGCUAGAUGAACAACUUGGUGGUCUUUUGGCUGAAGCUACUGCUGAGGAGGAUUUCACUGGAAAAGCUGGUCAAUCAACAGUUCUCAGGUUACCAGGCUUGAAUUUUAAAAGGCUGGGUUUAGUUGGGCUUGGGCCAAAUAAGCCCUCCUUAGCCACCACUUCAUAUAGGGGCAUUGGUGAGGCUGUUGCAGCGGCAGCAAAGGCUGCUCAGGCCAGUAAUGCUGCUGUUGUUCUUGCAAGUGGAGUCUCAGAAGAUUCUAAGCUUAGUGCUGCUUCAGCGAUUGCAUCAGGAACUGUGCUUGGGGUUUUCGAAGACAACAGGUUCAAGUCAGAAUCGAAAAAAGCAUCACUUAAGUCUGUAGAUAUUAUUGGCUUUGGUUCCGGGCCAGAUUUGGAUAACAAGCUCAAAUUUGCAAGUGAUGUUUGCUCUGGAGUGAUUUUCGGAAAAGAGCUAGUAAAUGCACCAGCCAAUGUACUUACACCUGGUGCACUAGCAGACGAGGCUUCCAAAAUUGCCUCAACAUACAGUGAUGUCUUUACUGCAAAGAUAUUAGAUGCAGAGCAGUGCAAAGAGCUAAAAAUGGGUUCUUACCUAGGUGUUGCUGCUGCAUCUGCUAAUCCUCCCCAUUUCAUCCAUUUGUGCUAUAAACCUCCUAAUGGCGAUGCUAAAAGAAAGUUGGCUAUAGUUGGGAAGGGAUUAACUUUUGACAGUGGCGGUUACAAUAUUAAGGCUGGGGCAGGCUCUUCCAUUGAACUUAUGAAAUUUGAUAUGGGAGGUUCUGCAGCAACACUUGGGGCAGCAAAAGCAAUUGGACAAAUUAAACCUUCUGGGGUGGAGGUUCAUUUUGUUGUUGCUGCCUGUGAAAAUAUGAUCAGUGGUACAGGAAUGAGACCGGGUGACAUACUCACAGCUUCUAAUGGGAAAACAAUCGAGGUAAACAAUACUGAUGCAGAAGGAAGGCUUACUCUUGCAGAUGCUUUGGUUUAUACCUGUAACCAAGGUGUUGAAAAGGUGGUUGACCUAGCUACAUUAACAGGUGCUUGUAUAGUUGCACUUGGGCCCAGUAUUGCAGGGUUCUUCACACCAAGUGAUGACCUAGCAAAGGAGAUUGUUGCUGCCUCAGAGAUUACUGGAGAGAAGUUUUGGAGGAUGCCACUAGAGGAGAGCUACUGGGACUCCAUGAAGUCUGGCGUAGCUGAUAUGGUUAAUACCGGAGGACGUCAAGGUGGUGCUAUCACCGCUGCACUCUUCUUGAAGCAGUUUGUCGAUGAAAAGGUUCAAUGGCUACACAUCGACAUGGCAGGGCCAGUGUGGAACGAUAAGAAAAAAGCUGCAACAGGGUUCGGAGUCUCAACAUUGGUUGAAUGGGUCUUGAAGAACUCUGCUUAAAUCUUUGGCUCAGGUUCUUCCUUAUUCGAUAUUGUGAUUUUUUUUCACAAGGUUUUGGCUUGAACAAGUUGAAUGAAGUUGAGAUAUUCCUUGUAAAAAUCCAAACCAAUAUCUUAAAAAUUAAGCAGGUCUUGGUUUGGAUUUUGAUGGAAUUUUGUUUGGGUUGCGGGAUUUGUAGUCACAUGUUAAAGUCUCAGAAUAAAUCUUUGUUGAUUGUGUGAGGAGUUCCAACAUAGUUGAGAUUGAGCAUUGUUUCAUGAGCAUAAACAAUCUUGCAAUAUUAAAGAAAGGAUUACCGUAUUCAAUUA